AGUAGGGAGCUAGCUAGGGGUUAGCUGUAGCUGCACCGCUGCGCUCGAUUAUUAAAUGAUAUCUUCGUUUAAUUAGUAACGUCAAAUGUCGUCAAUGAAGCUGAGAUAGUGUUAAUAAAUGUAUACAGUGUGAGAACGCGAAGGUAGAGGACUCGAGGCCGUCUUUUUGUGGCUUUUUUUCUCAGUGCUGUCAUUGUACCAAAAUCACACCCAUUUCGCUGGAAGCUGUCCAAGCUCUGCAGAGUACCUGCGCCAGCCAGGUUGAGUUGACUCAGCGGGGAAAGAUGUGCGAUGGAAUGAUACAGUCAACAUCAGUUGCCUUGUGGGCCCACACCUCAUCCACUAAACGGUUCUUCUUGUUGCUGCUGGUAUUGACUGCAGUGUCCACUGGGCAAGGGUCAGGAUGUGUGAGGCCCUAUAUGGUCCAGAACAGCUGGGUAAACCUCACAGAAACCAACAGGGGCUCCUUCCCUGUGGGCACAGUACUGCAGUACAGCUGUGACCCUGGUUACCUGCCAGACGGACCCAGCAUCCUCACCUGCAGCACAGUCGGACGCUGGACCUCUGACCCUCCUCACUGUAUACGCAGUGGUGCAUGUCUACCCCUCUUCAAACCCGAACAUGGGGGCUACACCUGCCACCCAGCGCCCUGCCGUAUGUUUUCCCACGGCACUGUGAUUGAGUUCUUCUGUGACGAUGGCUUUUUUCUCAGUGGAGACUAUAACUACCUGACCUGCCAGGACGGACAGUGGGACGGCCCCAUGCAGAUCAGUUGUGUGAGCCAAGGUUGUGUAAGACCCUCCACAGUGCAGCAUGGCUCAACUAAUCUGACAGACUCCAAUAGGAGUUUGUUCCCUGUGGGCACAGUACUGCGGUACAGCUGUGACCCCGGUUACUUGCCGGUCGGAUCCAGCAUCCUCGCCUGCUCCAAACUGGGACACUGGUCCUCUGAACCUCCUCGCUGUAUAAGAAGUGAUGGUUGUAUAAGGCCCUCUACGGUGCAGCACGGGUCCACUAAUCUGACAGAAACCAACAGAAGCUCGUUCCCUGUGGGCACCGUACUGGAGUACAGCUGCGACCCCGGUUACCUGCCCGACGGACCCAGCUUUCUCACCUGCUCUGCACUGGGACACUGGUCCUCUGAACCUCCCCGCUGUAUACGCAGUGACGUUUGUCAGCCUCCAUUUCAGCCAGCGAAUGGGGGCUACACCUGCCACCCCGCCCCAUGCCAAAGACUUUCUCAGGGCACUGUGAUUGAGUAUUUCUGUGAGGAAGGCUAUGUCCUGAAGGGAGACUAUAAAUACCUUACCUGUCAGUAUGGAGAAUGGGACAGCCAAAUGAAGCUCAGCUGCCUCAUGGAGCAAGACCACAACCCAACUUUACCAUUGGGGAUGCCCGCCCUGUCCAUAGUGGCCUCCACAGCCAGCUCAGUGGCCCUAAUACUGCUCCUGGUGGUGCUGUUUGUUCUUCUGCAGCCAAAACUAAAAUCCCUCCAUCGACGGGAUCAGGGAGUGUCCGGACAGCCCGUGUCCAUCAUGGUGGAAGGAGUCCAGGUGACUCUGCCCUCGUACGAUGAGGCUGUGAAUACUUGUGGAGCCACGUCCCUCAGCUCCGAGUCUCGAGUCCAGAUAGUGCUGUCUGAGGGUCAGCACGCCACAGCGCCAGAGGCUGGCCCCUCUCGGCCUUCUUCCCUCAAACAGCAGCAGUCAGAGAUGGCCGUGGUCCACCCUGUGCCGCUGUCCUCGUCUUCCUCGUCACCUUCACCCUCAUCCUCCACCUGGGUUCUGGAGCACGCAGGUGCUGCAGCUCCAUCAUACUCUCAAAGAAGGCCGUCUGCAGGCAGCGACCAUCACAACCUGUCUCUGGACUCUGAGAUGGACUACUCUGAUGAUAUGCCAUUGCUGAAGGAGGCCUGAAGAAUGCAACAGCCUUUUUACUUACUCGAGGAAACCAGCGUUGCUACUGACCUGCACUGGUGAGCGGGUAACUCUUGAGAGUUUGUCAACACAGCUGUCAACACAGACGAGGCUCUGAGUGAAGCUGUGGGUCACUCAGAGUAGUUCCUCGGUCCAUCCCAAAGGAGAAGAGAGAAGGGAUUCACAUGUACAUACAUGCUUACAUUUUUCAUAAGAAUUCCUUAUCUAUGUAUGUAUGUCUAAUGUCUGAAGCUCCGUUUGAAAACGUAGAACAAAAACAGAAAGGAAAAAAAGGAAGACAGUGUGUCUUACAGGCUGUUGAACUUAAUGCCUGUUGUAUUUCAGUUUAGUGGGGGAACUCAGUUUGAGAGCUAAUAAUCUCUUCAGUGUUUGUUCACUGUUACUUUUCUUUACCCACAUUUCACACCAGAAUCAGUGAAGAUGCAUGAAAGAAGGAAAUCAAGAUUAUUGUCCAAGUCAUUUACUUUCACAGCAUUGUCUUCACAAGGUUUUUGUGAUUAGAAAGUAUUACUUAAGGUGUUAUUAUUCAUGUCCUUCCACAUGUCACUGUACAGUUUAAGGUAACUUGUCCCCCCAAGAGUUUGCUCAGCUGCAUUUUUCAUUGGAUUGAGGGCAAACACUUUUUUUCCCAGGCCUGCAUUAAGUACAUUUCACUCUCGCAAAGCUUUCAGACGUAUUCUCUUCAUACUCCAACUCUUGCCCCCAAUGGCCUUAGCUUUCCACUUCUAUGCACAGGAUUCUGUAAAAAUAAGGAAUUUGUAACAUGAAUGUCAGUUAAAUGCCUCCACAGCUUAGUGAUAUUAUGUGUGGCUUUGUCAGACACAUCACUUCUACACCAGAAAAUAUUAUUCUCUUAAUUUAUUCAGGCUGCUUGUGAAUUCCUGUUUUGAGUGUAAACGGGAAAUUUAAGAUGUGUAUUUAUUUAUUUGUGUCCACAACGCUGUUGAUCAGCCAUGGCUUCUUUUUAAUGCUUUCACAGCUCUUGGAGAAAGUCUUAUCACUUUGCCGCUUUAGUUUUGAUUCUUCUGCAGACAUGUUCUGAGUGACACUGUUAAUGUUAUUUGGACGCUCCUACACGUGAGUGAGUAAGUGUACAGAUCAGUGUAAUGUUAGUGUUCACUUGGUUUGACUGUCCAUUACAUUUACUUUUGGACUGAGGAAUUCAUUUUUUUUUUGUGUGUUUCUGUGAAGAUGGUAAUUUUAAUAUAUGUAAAAUGUAUUAAGUUAAAUUUACUCUGUAUAUACCAUACAAUUAUUUUGAUUAAAUAUUAUUUGAGAUGUUCAAA